GUAUAUCACAAUACAAUAAACCAUUGCAACACACACCGCUCCCACGGACAUCUUCUUCACGCUCGCGUUCGCUCUCUCUACUCUGUCGAUGAAGCUCCUCAUGAUUGUCGUGUCCCUGGCGGCGAGUUUCUGCCAUGGGUUCGUUGUGCCAUCGGCGGCUCUGCGCUUCGCACCAUGCUCCGGGAGGGAGUCACCACUAGGCACACCAGGUCGCUCCAGAGGAACUGCUGCUAACGUUCGCAUGUUCGACGGAGUCGGGCCGCAGUUUGCCAACAACUUGGUGCAACAGGAAGGAUGGACCUACGUCGACGUUCGGGCGGACUACGAGUUCGAGCACGGACACCCGGCUGGGGCCGUCAAUGUCCCGGCCUUCUUUUCGACGGCGCAGGGGAUGACCGUAAACCCGGACUUCGUCGACCAGAUUGCUGAGAAGUUCCCAGACAAGGCGGCGAAGCUUGUGAUCGGGUGCCAGAUGGGGAGCAGAUCCGCCCAGGCGGCAGGAUGGCUGGAGAAUGCGGGCUAUUCCGGGAUUGUCAACAUGGAAGGUGGAUUCAGCGCCUGGGCCAGAGACGAUAGCCUCCCCGUAGAAGUGUAGUUCUCCUGUAUGGCACGCUUCGGCGUGGGAAAACAAGAUGAAUUUGGAACUUUCCCUUGACGGAAGCCGAGUUCGGGGUUCGGGCAGUGCAUGUCAAGCCUGGCCGCGGACAGGUAGACUACUUGUACCGCAGGAGAAACGUGUUAUACGUUGUCCAGGGUGAUCGUCAAGGGCCUGUGGUAGGACAGACUACGACCUCUCCGUGAUGAUGGGAUUACGCUGUCGUGCACUACAAACCCAAAGCGUCGUCGCCUAGCCGUUGGAGUUGCCGCGGUACCCCCGCCCAGAAACUGUGCACUUUCCUUUGGGGGCAUUGGCUCUGUGGCGACGCGUAGGGGCGUCGGCAUGUCGGCUCUACUCGGGUAUCCGCUCCGUGUCAUGACAUUUUGUAAGCUGUAGGUGGGCGUUUCGUUUCAGCGGUUGCAGCCCGUGGACUGACUCUGUUGCAUGAUGUCAUGUUCGACUUGUUGGCGUACUCGCAUUGUUCUCGGGAACACGUCACCCAAGUGAUGAAGAACCUCGUUUUUUUUUUUUGUUCUGGCAGGGGAUCCUUGAGGUUGCUGGAUGAGUGCUGCCGUCAUGAAUGGCUUCCAGCACGAAGCGACAGCUCGUUGUCGGUCCCCGUGUAAACCAAACAUCUUGCGACACUGCUUUAUCCAUUGCGUAGUUGACGCUGCAUCCUUCUCAUACUCCUGUGUGGAAGAGAAUGGAGGAACGGGGGUUCGGGUGUUCAAGCUGUCUUGUACGUUCGAGAUGGUCAGAGGCAUGGUGACUGAUGUAGGUUACUCGCUGGCUUUGCGUUGUUCCCUGCUGGCGAUACCCGAAUAUUGAUCCGGACAGCUGAAACUAGUGCUAGUGUGCUCGGACGAAGGACCGAUCAUUCUACAUCACAACGUGCUACCGGCCACCAGUGCGAUUUGGUUCUU